CGUUUACAGGCCUCUCUCUCUCUCUCUCUCUCUCUAUAUAUACAUAUCCUUCCAAUAUGGCUUUCUCCGUGCAAGGGAAAUCAGCGGUCGUGACCGGAGCUGGAUCUGGGAUUAACCUAAGCUUCGCCAAACUGCUUCUUGAGAAUGGGUGCAAUGUGCUCAUAGCCGAUCUGGCCCUUCGCCCAGAAGCCCAGGCCGUCGUCGACCACUAUUCGAGCAAGUCCCCACGCGCCGUCUUCCAGAGAACAGACGUCACAGUGUGGGCGCAACUAGAUGCAAUGUUCGACAUUGCCGAAAAGGAGUUCGGUGCGGUGGACAUCGUUUGUCCCGGUGCAGGUGUCUACGAGGAACACUGGAGUAACUUUUGGUACCCUCCUGGAACUCCGGAAAGCCGGGAUGCACCAGACGGCGGCCGAUAUGCCUUACUGGAUAUCAACCUGACCCAUCCGAUCCGGGUGACCCAACUUGCCAUCUCGCACUUCCUGCGUCAAGGAACCAACCCCCAGCAACGGAAACAUAUCAUCCAUAUCGCGAGCAUUGCGGCCCAGAUGCCCUUUAUGGCCAGCCCGAUGUAUGUGGCGACAAAGCACGCUAUUAGUGGCUUCGUCCGGUCCCUGGCCAAGCUCGAUGGCAAGUCCGGUAUUCGCGUGACGGCAGUAGCUCCUGGCUUGAUCAAAACCCCUCUGUGGACUGAUCACCCUGAGAAGAUGAAGAUGGUGGAUGAUGCGGACGAAUGGGUUACUCCCGAAGAAGUAGCCACGGUGAUGUUGGCUCUUGUCCAGCAGGAAAAGGUCAGCGAGAUCAUUGGCGACACUGAGGGCAACGGGACGCAAUUUCCGAUCAGUGGAGGAACUAUCUUGGAAGUAUCCAAGAAAGUAAGAUCUGUGAGUCCAUUCAAUGAUCCAGGUCCCAACGGAAGGGCAGGCAACACCGUGUCAAUGUCCAGCCGUGUAGAGGACGAGAUUUAUGAAAUGCUGGAUCAGGGUGGCUGGGGGAAGACAAAAGGGGGUCCCUCCAUGACUGAACGAGGAGCCAGAGGCAAGCAAAGUUUUGGAGGACAAGCAAGUUGGCUGAGUUGUGUGAUUAAUCUUGUCAAUACGAUCAUCGGUGCCGGAGUUCUUGCCAUGCCUCUUGCCAUUUCGCAUAUGGGAAUCGUCCUCGGUAUCUUCGUUAUUCUAUGGUCGGGGUUAACAGCUGGGUUUGGUCUUUACCUCCAAUCCCUAUGUGCGCAGUAUCUUGAGCGAGGUUCUGCAUCCUUCUUUGCCCUCUCACAGCUCACAUAUCCCAACGCCGCCGUGAUUUUCGAUGCCGCGAUUGCGAUCAAAUGUUUUGGUGUCGGCGUUAGCUACCUGAUUAUCAUUGGGGAUUUGAUGCCAGGGGUCGUUCAAGGCUUCGUGGGAGGAGAGACAGAAUACGACUUUUUGGUGGAUCGUCAUUUUUGGGUGACAGCUUUCAUGCUUAUUAUCAUCCCGCUCUCCUACCUGCGGCGCCUUGAUUCCCUGAAGUAUACCAGCAUCGCAGCCUUGAUUUCUAUGGGCUACUUGGUGAUCUUGGUUGUCUAUCACUUCAUCAAAGGCGAUACUCAAGCUGAUCGAGGCCCGAUUCGGGUGAUUCACUGGGCAGGCGCCGUUCCCACUCUCAGCAGUUUCCCAGUAAUCGUUUUUGCGUUUACAUGCCAUCAGAAUAUGUUCUCGAUUUUGAAUGAAAUCGGCAAUAAUAGUCACUUUAGAACAACCGCUGUUGUGCUCGCCAGUAUUGGAAGCUCUGCUACGACCUACAUCCUCGUUGCGAUCACCGGCUACCUAUCUUUCGGAAACAGUGUCGGUGGAAAUAUCGUGGGCAUGUACCCUCCAGGAGUAUGGGCCACCAUUGGCCGAGCCGCGAUCGUUAUUCUCGUCAUGUUUUCGUACCCCCUCCAAUGCCAUCCGUGCAGGGCCUCGGUCGAUGCAGUGCUGCGCUGGAGGCCCAAGCCCUCCCCAAGUGGCAACGAAAGCUCCCAUCGACAUCCCCUUUUAGGCCCACGGGGAACCCGAUCACCAGAGCCCAUGAGUGACCUCCGUUUCUCUGUCAUAACCACAUCGAUUCUCAUUCUGAGCUAUAUCGUCGCUAUGACUGUCUCCUCUCUAGAGGCUGUUCUAGCCUACGUUGGUAGCACUGGAAGCACCAGCAUCAGCUUCAUUCUUCCCGGUAUCUUUUAUUACAAAAUUUCUGCGCCAGAUUCGCCAGCACACCAGCGUCUUAUGAAGGAAGAUGACGAGGCAGAAGAUGGCUUGCUCUCUGAGAACAGCGACGACGAGAUUAACGGCGGCAGCAGCCAGACUCGUCCUCUCACCGAGAGCGGUCUCUUGCGUCGUCACACGCGUGCAUGGCGUAGAGACCUAAUCCGGAAGUUGAGUCUGUGUCUAGUCAUCUAUGGAGUCAUUGUGAUGGUCGUAUGCCUAAUCACCAAUUCUCUAUUCCUCGCUUCCCAUUAAUGAAUCCAACUUUUGGCUCCUGAUACCUGAUACGAUUCUCGCACCAUCAUGAAAAAUCGUCUUAUUACCAUACUCUCGUUCCUUUUUUUUCCUUUUUUUUUCUUUUUUUUUCUUUUUUUUUUUUUACUCUCCCUUUAUUAUAUCAC